AGUCUUUUUGGAUCAACGGUUAUCAAGUAACAACCACGACAGACUAUAUACAAUGGAAUAGCGCAGUUGAGUUCCAUUUCAACCCGUAUGAUCAUAAUACUAUCAUGAAGAAUUAUUUCGAAACCCCAGUCGUCGCCAGAUGGGUCGAGAUCAUGUUCAAAAGUUAUUAUGGUAAACCUUGUAUGCGUUUUGAGCUGUACGGAUCUAGAGGUGAAGUUAACAAAAACGUAGCUCUCUUUAAACCCACCGAGCAGUCAUCCAGCGGUAGCCAUCAUUCUUCUAAGGCCGUCGAUGGCAUCUUAACAGCAACUAUCGGAGAAGGAUCAUGCUCCACCACGCAGCUAGAAAAUAACCCAUGGUGGCGCGUUGAUCUUGAACACGAGUAUCUGAUUAAGAGCGUUAGCAUCAAGAAUAAUGAAGAUAAAUGUUGUUACGGGCGACUGAGUGAUCUGACAGUCAAGAUAAGUGUCAACCUGAAGACCAACUUUACUUGCGCGUCAAAUAUAUCACUCACAGUUGCUGGUGAACACAAGAAGGUAGUGUGCGAACAAAUGCGACAAGGGAGAUACGUUGAAAUAGUCAACUCCUUGAGGACCGUCUUGACGCUUUGCGAGGUUGAGGUCGAGGCAUAUGUUUCAGCUGAACUGAGGAAGGAUCCAGUGGGAUUAGAAUCAGGAUUGGUAAAGAAUGAAAGCAUAACUGCAAGCAGCGUCCUUGGAGAUGGUUAUUUACCCCACCAUGGACGAUUCAACACAAUAAUCGGAUCAGGAGGAUGGUGUGCUCUUAAUAAUAAUCCCAACACUGAGUAUCUACAAAUUGAUCUUGAGGUUCGCUAUACUGUCAAGGCUGUGUAUACUCAAGGACUUGCAAGUGGCUGCUUGCCAGCAUCAGCCCAAGUGUUAACCUACUCUUUGUCAUAUAGUGACAAUGGAAUCAACUGGGCCCAUGUGAUGCAAGGUAGUGAUACGAAGGUUCUGCCAAAAGGAAGUUAUUUCUUUGGUACCGAGAUACUAGGAAGAUAUUUCAGAUUUAAUCCUAUGACAUGGAAGAUCCACAUUUGUAUGAGAGUUGAGAUGAUUGGCCAACGAACUUACUCAAGUCCUCUUUAUAGAUCCAUCCCUAAUUAUGCUUUGAAAGAGUCAUCGUGGACAACUUAUACAGCGCAACGUAGUCAAUUGUUCUCCUUUGGUUGGCGGACGUUUGCAGAUAAAGAUCAGUUUUUGCUUAUUAAUGUAGUGCCAGGACCAAAACACGUGACUGGUAUAGUAACAAUGGCAGAUAUUGGCGGACGCAGCGUUAAACAGUAUAGUCUGUCAUAUAGUUAUAACGGCAUUAACUGGCUUGACUAUAUGGAAAAUGGAAAAGUCAAGGUUUUCUCGGGAGUUUCGGUGAAAUACUUAUCCGCUUCUCAUAAUCUGAAGCGGAGAGUUAUGGCUCUGUUACUCAAAAUAUUGGUGCUUGGAGUGCAAAUCGAGGUAGGCCUCACGGUUGAGCUCUAUGGAUGUAAAGUCUGUGAUGAACAGCCCCUUGGGAUGGAAGAUGGUUCUAUCCAGGACUCUUCUAUAACUGCUAGUAGCUGGAAAAGUGGUCUAGAGCCGUAUAAGGGGCGCUUUAAUGGAGGGACUGGUUGGUGCGCGAACUCAAGAAGUGCAGGAGAAUAUAUGCAAGUUGAUUUUAAGAGAGUGAUGACCAUUUCUGCUAUAACAAUGCAAAUUGUUGAAAGAACGCUUCUUGGUUGGCCUUAUUCCUUUACAUUAGGAUACAGCUAUGACGGACGUGUAUUUCGGAAUUAUAAAACUCAGGAUGGAAAAGAAAAGACGUUUGGUUUUGGAAGUAUACAAAGGCCUCAACUGAAAUUUUAUCUGGAGCGUUUUGUGGAGGCAAGAAAGUUCCGUGUAUAUGUUAAGAAAUUUUACAACCAUUUGUGCAUGAGAUUCGAGUUACAUGGAUACAAAAAAGAGUGUUUUGGACCCGUGGAGCUUAGUUUGAACGAUGCAAAACGCUUGAUGAAAGCUUCCAGCUAUCUUGGCCUUGGAUUCGAGCCUUGGUACGGUGACAUGCGUAUUGGCGAUGACUCGCUAACCUGGUGUGCUGCCGAUACUUCCACGCAACAGUUCCUCCAAUUUGAUUUGAUUUUCUCUCACAGAAUCACUGAGAUUUCUGUGUCUGGCAGGACUGCCGAUCUCGAUACUUUCCAACAAUUAAACGACUCGUGGGUAUCUCGUUAUCGACUGCAAUACAGAGAAGAGAUGGGCGAUUGGAAGUAUUAUGAGUACUCUGGGACAAUUGUGGAAAUUCAAGGAAAUUCUGGAAUCAAGACAGCCGUUUCUCAUGCGAUCAAUACAAGCUUGAUUGCCCGUUACAUCCGCAUUCUUCCUGUUCAAUGGGAAAACUGGAUCUGCAUAAGAGUGGAACUGAGAGGAUGCAAAGUGAAAGACAUUGCUUUGGAAAUGGAAAAUGGAAACACGGAGAUCCUUUAUGAUAGUAUCUUAGGAGAUGGGACAAAUUUCCCCGCAUUAUUAGGCACACCAAGUAAUUCAUGGAUUAGCCAAUACGCAACUAACCCUCAAGGUAGACCAUUUUUACAAAUUGGGUUUGUAACGAUAUCCAAACACAUCACUUCAUUCGCAACCGCCGUGGUCUCAGAUGAACGCACAUGGUCGUUUUAUCUAUCUUAUACUGAAGAAGGGCACGUCUGGACUAACUAUACAGAGAAUGGAGUUUUAAAGAUUUUUGAAGGCAACCGGAAUAAGCAUCUCGUUGUGAAGCACAAUCUUAGAAGAUCUUUAACAGCGCGCGCCAUUAGACUUAACCCGAUCACCUGGCGAUCUAAACCAGCUUUUAAAGUAGAGCUGUAUGGAAAUGAAGUGUGUUACGAAGCAUUAGGAUUGGAAAGUGGCUUACUUCCAAAUUCCUCUUUCACGUCUAAUGCAUUCAUCCCGGGGUACGAACCAUGGAAAGCUCGUGUAAACAGUCCACGUCCAUGGUGUUUUAUCAGUAAAACUGACCGAGGAUUGCUUUACAUAGAUCUUCUGAAUCUCUCAGACGUUACUGGUAUAGCAAACCAAAAGGAUUCAUAUGGUUAUGCCUUAGAAAUAAAGAUAUCUUACAGUUUAGAUAACGUACUCUGGAGAUACUAUACUGGUGGAAAUGCUGACAAUAUUCCCAAGGUGAGGGGAAGUAAGGCUGAAUACUUCACAUUAGCCGAACAUAGAGCAGUGUACGUAUGA